UUGGCCGGACGGGACAUGGCCUGGUGGCCGAUCGGCGCCUCUCUGUUUGCCAGUUCGGAGGGCUCGGGUCUGUUUAUUGGUCUGGCCGGGACUGGAGCCGCUGGAGGCAUCGCUGUCACUGGUUUUGAAUGGAAUGCCACCUAUGUGUUGCUGGCUCUGGCCUGGGUAUUUGUGCCUGUCUACAUCUCUUCGGGGAUCGUGACGAUGCCGGAGUAUCUGGGUCGUCGUUUUGGAGGAGAGAGGAUCAGAACCUACCUGGCCGUCCUCUCGCUGCUGCUGUCUGUCUUCACAAAGAUAUCAACUGACCUGUACUCUGGAGCCUUGUUCGUUCAGGUGUGUCUGGGAUGGAACCUCUACCUGUCCACUGUCCUCAUGCUGGUGGUCACUGCACUCUACACUAUUGCAGGUGGCCUUGCUGCGGUCAUCUACACCGACACUCUUCAGACAGUUAUCAUGAUUGUGGGAGCAAUUAUCCUAACGAUUACCGCCUUCAACAAGAUUGGAGGGUACAGUAACCUGGAGCGUGUGUACAGCAUGGCGGUGCCCAGUAAGAUCAUUCCAAACAGUACCUGCCACCUGCCACGUCAGGACGCCAUGCACCUGUUCAGAGACGCCGUCACUGGAGACUUGCCCUGGCCUGGCAUGACACUGGGGCUCACCAUACUGGCUACGUGGUACUGGUGCACCGACCAGGUUAUUGUACAACGGUCCCUCUCUGCUAAGAACAUGAGUCACGUGAAAGGAGCAUCGAUCCUGGCUGCCUAUCUGAAGAUGCUGCCCUUCAUCUUCAUCAUCCUCCCUGGCAUGAUCAGCCGAGCCCUCUAUCCAGACACUGUCGGAUGCGUGGAUCCCGAGGAGUGUGUGCGAGUGUGUGGAGCUGAGGUUGGGUGCUCCAACAUCGCCUUUCCCAAACUGGUCAUUGAACUCAUGCCAAGCGGCUUACGGGGGCUGAUGAUAGCGGUGAUGAUGGCAGCUCUGAUGUCGUCGCUGACCUCCAUCUUCAACAGCAGCUCCACGCUCUUCACCAUGGACAUCUGGAAGAAACAUCGCCCCCGGGCCUCGGAGAGAGAGCUGCUACUGGUCGGCAGGAUUGUGACAGUGAUCUUGGUGGUGGUGAGCGUAGUGUGGAUCCCCAUCCUGCAGUCGGCCAAUAGUGGCCAACUGUACGUUUACAUCCAGUCUGUGACGAGCUACCUCGCUCCGCCGGUCACUGCUGUAUUCACUCUGGCUGUCUUCUGGAAGAGGACCAAUGAGCAGGGUGCAUUCUGGGGCCUGAUGGUGGGUUUGGUGGUGGGUGUGUGUAGGAUGGUGCUGGAGUUUGCUUUCCCUCCUCCCAGAUGUGGCAUUGUGGAUUCUGCGCCUGCAGUGCUGCGCGGCGUCCACUACCUCCACUUCGCCAUUCUGCUCUGUGGGCUCACUGCCAUCGUGGUGACGGCAGUGUCACUGCUCACGCCGCCGCCCAGCCCCGAGCAGGUGUGUAACCUGACCUGGUGGACACUAACCGAAGAGCCACAAAGAGAAAUUCCUCUACAGAAAGUGUCCUCUGUCAGCCACCGUACCUCUCAGGGUAAGCGCUCUGAGCCGACUCGCCGGUCGACAUGUGGUCGGGCGGUAGGGUUGUGUAUCUCAGCAGUGCAGCGAUCAGAGGAGACUCCAGCCCCCAGAAUUCCAACUGUCAGAGAGAGCGUGUUCUGGUCCAGGUUCUGCUGUGCCAACGCGCUCCUGCUGAUAAGCAUUAACAUUUUUCUCUAUGCAUACUUUGCCUGAGUGGACAAUCAGAUUUAACAUCCUGCCUCGCCCUCGUGCUGAACUCCCGCCAGUCUCUCCAGCGUGAGCUGAAAACAGCGCCCGCCUGCCAAACGGCAGCCGAUUUCUCCAGCUCCAAGUAGGUGGGGGAACAAACAGUUUUUACUGUAUAUUUUACCCGAAUCCUUUAAAAAUCAACACAGUGUGUUUCACAAAGGAGGGCCACAGUUGUAGUUUCAGGUGCUGUAAAACAUCCACAUUUCAAAGUAAAAAAAAAAUCCCCAGAGAGCAGAUCCCUUCAUCAAGGCUGCAGAAACCUCUAAAUGUAUUAUUUUUCAUAAUAGCAAUCUACAUCUGCAUCAAAUUACACAUAGUAAUUGGUGACCAGCUCAGACUGUGUUCAGUGUUGUCUUUUAAAAACCCCUUUCUUAGACAUACAGUACUUCUACUGAUGUUCUUUGAUGUUAUGUUUAUAAUUUUACCAUUGCUCCACCACAGGAUAUUGAUUUGUUCAUAAAACCUUUCCCUCUUACUUGUUGCAACCAAGUUUUAAAGUUUUAGAAGGGUAUUGUACAAAUUACAAUGAAUCUUGUGGCUUGUAACAAGCUAACGUGAAUGUGCAGUUAGUGCUGAAUGCGCAUCGUAUCUUGUCCUUAAAGCUUACAAAUUAUAAAGUGAGAUAAUAUCGUAAGAAUGCAUCUAAGUGGUUUAGGUUGUGUGUGACUCAUAAUUCCAUUUCCUUUUGAAUUUACAUAUAUGGUUAAUGGUAAUUAGUUAUGUUGAUGGCCUUGCAUCUGUUUAGUUAUUUCGUGCUAUUAAGCUUUUAUUUAUUGAUUAUAAAUCAGAAUUUCUCAACCUUUUCUGCUCCGUGACUGUUUUUAGUCCCCAGACACUGAUGACCGCAGUAAGAGUUUCUACGUUGUCAUGUAAAUUUAAAUAUGGCACACAUUUGUGGUCUGUUUUCAAAAGUGCAGCUGGAACUCAAAAUGCAUCCAAAUGAUAUUGAAAUAAUGAGAAGUUGUACUUUUUAAAUACAAAUGAUUAUAAAUAUAUCUGACAAAUUACAAUUCAUCAGUACCGUAAACUGUCUAUGGCCCCGGCCUAUUUAAUAACAAGGGGCAUCAAUCUCAAGGCUGAGAAACUCUAUUAUAAAGGUCUAUGUUGCUGUGCAUUUGAGUUAAUUUUUUAUUGGUGAAAUUCAUUAAGAAAUUUUCAGAAGUGCAGAUUGCUGGAUGUGAAAAGCUCAUGUCAUUUCAAAGACAAAACACCUUGACAGCUUCUCCAUCAA